AUGGCUUUCGAGAGAGAGCACGGUAAGAAAGCCGGUGCUCUUCGAGUUCGCAAGACGAUCGUGGCGACCGCCGCCGUCGCUCCCCAGACGGCUCGCCCGAUCGAAACCGCGAUCGACGAACUCGAGAUUCACGGGAUGACCGCCAUCGAAGCUCGCGACGUCGAGAAGAUGACGCUAAAAGCUCCCGCAGAGACAGUCCUCGACGACGCCCCUCUCGAAGCCCAUCCGGAAAAGAUAGGAGCCACCGAGAUCGUGACAGCCACCGCCGAGAACGCCGAGAACGAUCUACAAGUGCCGACGAGGAUCGCCGACGACACCGACACCGCAGCCAUCGACACCGCGAAGACCGCGAUCGCGAUAGUGAGCGAUCCUCUAGAAGACACAGAAGUCCACGGCGACGCUCCCGAUCUCCACGAAAACCACCCAGUCCACCACCCAAGGAAAUACAGCGACUCGGGCGAUGGACCCCCGCUACCAGAGAAGGAGAAGCCCAAUUUCAAAAAUACCGGACGUCUCGCGGCGGAGAGUAAUAUGGUUCAGGUUGAAGGUGGGGAAGGAAUUGUCUUGAAAUACCACGAACCACCAGAAGCACGCAAGCCACCGCCCAAAGAACCCUGGCGGUUGUACGUCUUUAAGGGAGAGGACCUGCUGGAGAUGGUGGAACUGGGCGAGCGUAGUUGCUGGCUCGUUGGACGUGAGAGAGCUAUAGUGGACUUCCCUCUUGAUCAUCCCAGCUGCUCGAAACAACAUGCCGCACUUCAAUUUCGCUACGUCGAAAAGAGGAAUGAGUAUGGCGAUCGCAUUGGCAAGGUGAAGCCAUACAUCAUCGAUCUGGAGAGUGCGAAUGGAACUAGUGUUAACGGAGAUCCGGCUCCGGCUGGCCGCUAUGUUGAGGUUAUGGACAAGGAUGUGCUUCGAUUCGGUCUUAGCUCUCGCGAGUACGUGAUGAUGCUACCGAGUUGA